AUGGAGUUGAGGACCCUGAGCGUGCAGUACUGGCGGCGGCCCCUGCCGUCGAAGGGGGGUGCGCAGAGCUCGCCCUUGCGAUCACCUCUGGGAGACCCCAGAAAGGUGAUCGGGACCCCGGAACGAGGGGCUUGUGCAGAAAGAAUCACCCUUGAGACGGUGGGGCUGGACGGCAGCCUGGGAGAGCCCUCACUCACGGUGCGGAAUGCUGAGACGAAGCCAAGGACUGUGGCGGACCACGAUCUGCUCGGGGUCCACGGGAAAACCAGAAGUGUGGGACACCCACCCUGGGAAACGGGGGAGGGGGUCAUCAUGUCUCAGGAGCAGGAGAAGUCAUGGCUUGGUGAAAUUGAGGACCUGGACAGUACACAGGGCGAUCAAUCUCUGGAGGAACUCCUUCCCUCUCCCUCCAGUUUUCCAAUGGUUGAUAACCUGGAAGAGUAUCUUGAUGACGAAACACCCAGUGAUUCCCUGGGUCUUGAAGAUGAGGAUUCCUCUAUCAUUCCUGCCUCAUUGACCUCAUCAAACAGAUCAAAUGACGGUUCCAUCAGUGAAGAAGAGGAAGAUAUUCCAGGCACCUCCGAGAUUCUGGCAUUCAUUAUGAGUGUAUGCAAAGAACUUCUAAGCAUGAAAGUGGAUUUCCUGGUGAAUUUCCUGCUGACCAAGUAUAAAAACCAAGAGUUUAUUACAAAGGAAGAGAUGCUGAAUGUUGUCCUGCAAGAAUAUUCAGACUUCUUUCCUGAGAUCCUCACGAGAGCCACUGAAUACCUGGAGCUGCUCUUUGGUCUGGAUCUGAAAGAAGUGGAUCCCGUCAACAACAUCUAUGUCAUUCUGAUCAAAUUAGGCCUCACCUACGACGGGCUGCUGAGUGAAGUAGAGGGCAUGCCAAAGACUGGCCUCCUCAUACUGAUCUUGAGUGUGAUCUUCAUGAAGGGCAACAGGGCCACUGAAGAAGAAGUCUGGGAAGUUCUGGGCGUGACAGGGAUAUAUCCUGAGGAGAACCACUUCAUCUUUGGAAAUCCCAAGAAUUUAAUCACUAAAGAUUUGGUGCAAGAGCAAUACCUUGAGUACCAGCAGGUGCCCAACAGUGACCCCCCACAGUUUGUAUUCCUGUGGGGCCCACGAGCCCAUGCUGAAACAACCAAGAUGAGAAUCCUGGAGUUUGUGGCCAAGGCCCAGAAAACCGACCCAAGAUUUUUCCCAUCCCAGUACGAAGAGGCUUGGAGAGAUGAAGAAGAAAGAGCCCAAGCCAGAGUUGCAGCCAUCCUUGGAGGUCUCCACAUGUAUAGGGCAAAUUACAGAAUCCUGACCAGAAGCAUCUCUUUCCCCUGA